GGGUGCGGUGGGACAUGUGGUAGGGGGUGGGUGGUAGUCACCGAAUACCGAGGGAAUUCUGAAUUCCCAGACAUUUUGCUUUGUUAUCUUUGGAACAAGUCUUUUCUAGUCUCCAUUUUCUCUCUCUACAUAUACACAUUCUCUUUCUACAUAUAUAUAUAGGAGUACAAAAAUAUCUGCACUGUUCCAGAUUUUCUCUCUUCAGAUCCUUUCAAAUUUCUCCGAUCAUCUCCAGUAGCCAUGGCUAAUGCGGCAUCAGGCAUGGCUGUGCAUGACGAUUGCAAACUGAAGUUUCUGGAAUUGAAAGCUAAGAGGACUUAUCGCUUCAUAGUAUUCAAAAUUGAGGAGAAGCAAAAGCAGGUCAUCGUGGAAAAGCUUGGUGAACCUGCUGAGAGUUAUGAGGACUUUGCUGCUAGUCUACCUGCAGAUGAGUGUCGAUAUACAGUGUUUGAUUUUGACUUUGUGACAGAGGAGGGUUGCCAGAAGAGCAAGAUUUUCUUUAUUGCGUGGUCCCCUGAUACUGCGAAGGUUAGAAGCAAAAUGAUCUAUGCUAGUUCCAAGGAUAGAUUCAAGAGGGAACUGGAUGGAAUUCAGGUUGAGCUGCAGGCAACUGACCCAACUGAGAUGGGGCUGGAUGUUUUCAAAAGCCGCACCACUUAAAUAAAAUCCUCUAGUACAGCAACGGAUGUGCUCUUUGCUUUGCUCAAGAGAAUUGUUAAUAGUCCGUCGGGACGAGAGGGAAAUAUGAUGUUUGUUAUCAAGUUUAACAUUGAAGUCGUCUUUAGAAAAAUCAUGUGGUUUUGUUCUUAUUUUCGUGUUUGUCGUGUGAAACUUGUUCUUUGGUUUGGAGCUGGUAACAAUUAACAAUCCUUGGGUUGUUCUUUGGUUUGUAUGUUUCUGUUGAUAGCUGACCUGAUUGCAACUUCUGUAUCUUUGAUUUAUGGAGAUGCUGACCGGCAGCCACUGUGAUCAUUUAUAGUCGUUCAUCUUCA